AUGGAGGUUCCAAACAAAGCUUCUACUUCUUCUGUUGCCGCUAUCUCUGGCACAAAAAGAGCCGCUGAUUCUGUUGCCAAAGAAGUUGUUGCUGCUGCUGGCGUUGUGGGAUGGCCGCUUAUAAGGGCUUAUAGGAUGAACAACUUGGCUAACCAGGCAAAGACUUUGACCUCUAAAGAAGAUGAGACAUGCAAGGAUAAUAAAUUGAAGGAUACUUCAAAGAAAAAAGUGUACAAUGGUAGCAAUAAGAACAAUACCGCUGCUAUGGAAAAAGGACAUCUUGGGUUUGUUAAGGUUAACAUGGAUGGAUUGCUAAUAGGGAGGAAAGUGGAUCUAAAUGCUCAUGCUUGCUAUGAGACUUUAGCCCAAGCAUUGGAGGACAUGUUUGUUAAUCCAACCACGGGCAUCACUUCCAUUUGUUUGAGUGGACAGAGUGAGCAAGCAAGAAAGGCCUCCAAACUUUUAAAUGGAUCAUUCAAAUUUGUACUCACUUAUGAAGAUAAAGAGGGGGACUGGAUCCUCGUAGGAGAUGUUCCUUGGGAGAUGUACCUUAACACAGUGAAGAGGCUUAGUAUCAUGAAGACAUUGGAAGCUAAUGGAGUUGCUCCAAGAUUCCAAGAAACCAAUGGUCGGAAAAGAAGAGAAGCUUUUGUACUGGAUCAUCUAUCUCCAUGUGAAGCAGACGGGGAGCUAAGUUGUAUGAAGUCUCUGGACGAGUCUGAGUUGGCAAUGUGGGUGCAUCCACCUCCUCCGCAUCGAGAGGCUUGUUUAGCAGGUAUGACAUCAACCGGGUGGCUGCAGAUUCAGAUGGGGCGUCUGCCUGUCUACUGGAAAGGGCCGCAAUAUCGACGGAUGAAUACAUACUCCUCCUGUACAACAGGAGGCGAGAAGGCCAUACUCGAUGGAUGA